CCAAGACCUCUCUGUGGGAACGACCCUUUCUUGCCCUUACUAUAUUUAUAUUUUGAGUAGUAAGAAAGUGUAAUUAUUUUUGACGCCUACGACAGCGAUCAUAUGGACAUCACAACAACUUUGCAGGAAUGACUGAUUCCCAUAACGACACUUCCAAAGAUGGUGUUUCCAGAGAUGACAUCUCUACGGAUGCACCUUUAAGAAAUGUGAGAUCCUGGAUCAAUGUAGACUUUACGACGAUGGAAGAAAGUCUUCGGGGCGGAGAAUCCAUAAGUGAGGACUACAUGAUAAUAUUAAAUGAUGUGCAGUCCCCAGCCGUUUCUUUGGAAUCCAACACCGAUGAGGGAGUUGAUAAGAAUAUUAUUAUGGAUAAACAACAUAUUGAUGAAGCACAUUCUUCCUUGAGGAAUGGAGAGACGGAGGAUCCUCAAAAUCCACAACCGAAUGGAGGUAGUAAUGCCAUUAAUGGUGAUUUCAACAUUGUUGAGCCUCCAAAUGACUUAGAAACUCCCCAAGUAAGUAUUCCUCCUGUAACUUCUUCAUAUAAGUAUGAAAUUGUUGACUUGUGAAUGAAUGAAUGAACAUCCAUGUGAGUAUAUGAGAAAUUUGGCCGAAAUACGUCACCAGAAAAUUUCAGACUUCAGUCUUUCAGUAAAAACGCUGUAGAAUCUUCGUCUGAUGUCGGAUUUUCGCCAUCUACCCAUGUAUUUUCAUGCCCAGGAA